CCUGUCACCAGUACGAUUUCCCCUGUUCGUUUUGGGUGUUUACGUUUACAUAAAAGUGUUCAAAAUAAGAAUAAAAUUACUUUUCCACGGUUUAGAACCUGCUUUUCGAUCAGAUUUCGCAACUACUCGACACUCUUCCGCCAAACUCCACCAAACAAACUUAUCAAUCAUGGCAAAAAUGGCUUUCCAGCACCAGGCCGGCACCGCAAUGGAGUGUUUGAGUAUUCCGAUAACACUGCAUAAAGAGGUGGACUGUGAUAGUGAAGGUCGAGAAGUACUAAAAUGUGGUUUCAAAAUCGGUGGUGGCAUCGAUCAAGACUACAAGAAAAGUCCACAAGGGUACACUGAUUAUGGUAUCUAUGUGACGGAAGUGCACACGGACAGUGCGGCUGCCAAAGCUGGAUUAAGGAUUCACGACAAAAUAUUGCAAUGCAACGGAUACGAUUUUACGAUGGUCACACACAAGAAGGCAGUGAGCUACAUUCGUAAGAAUCCCAUUCUCAAUUUGUUGGUUGCCCGAAGAGGUGUGACAUCAACUUAAUGAUCGAAAUCGGUUUUCUUUCUACCUCUUGAAAAUUUGUAUACCGAAGAUAUUCCAUGCUUUCGUCAUUUCCACAGAAUUUUUGUUUGCGAUAAAUCAACAAAUGGACGUGUUUUGCUCUUAUUUUGUAUUUUUUAUUUGAACCUUUUUUAUUGUAAAAUAUAAUUUAUUGUAAAUUGA